CAACCGAAAGGUAACAACUUAGACGCGAAGAUGACAGCAAUUCCAAUGAAGGUGUCUACUUUUGGGUUCGAAAUUCUGUACACGGAGUUUUUCGCACAAGCACAGGAGAUCGCGUCAGGAACACUGUAUGUAUUUGCCAAUUCGGUUGCGGCGUCCACUGCAGUCGAGCGCGCUGUUACAGAAUGCACAGACGAGAAAGGAGCUUAUGUCGCCACACUAAGAUUAGAACAGAUUUUGUUCACCUUUGUUUGCAGUGACCUCUCCCGAUUUAAUUUUGGUUUCAUAAGUGAGUAAGAGAAUUCCGGCUUCUUGAUUUCUUAUCGAGGAGUUCAUUAUCGGCGAUAACUUUUGUUGUUCUUGUUCGAGUUAACAUGUUGUGUUUGUUGCGUUCAUUUCGCACCACGCUCUUCUUGCGAAUCGCUGAGGCCGAGCGUCUUCCUGGAGGAGCAGCAGCGGAACGUACGAGAGACACAACGACGGAGUCGCAUUGUCGCGCGUGAAUUGCUUGGUGACAGCUGUAGGGCGCGGCGCUCCAUCUCAAGUGCUGGCUCCCUUGCUUCGAGAGCAAGCGAGGAUGCGUGGGGAGGGGUCUCGGCGAUUUUGCAACAGCCUGCAGAGCAAGAGCAUGUGACAGCAUCAUCAAAUAGGACGACGAGUAAAACAACUUCUAGAAAUUAUCAUCUUCGAGAUUGUCCUGCGGUCACCAGUAGGUCAGAUGCCUACGAAGUGUCAACGCUGGGGCCGCCGGGCGCCGAGGGCAGCGGCAGAAAGGAAAAGCUCAGCCGGUUCGUGCAUCAAAUUGUGCGAGACCACGAACGCGCAGAGCGACGAUACCGUCUUCGCGAAGGUGCAAAUAACGG